CAUCGGAUUCUAACUCUUAGAUUCGGUUUCGGUUUUGGUUUCGGUUUCUCUCCAAUGAAGUUCACUAUUCUUCACGUUUUUACACUUUUUUCGGUAACACUUGUAGGAAGUCAUGCAACAACUACUGGUGAAACAUAUUGGAACUCUGUGUUGCCAAACAGUCCUAUGCCCAAAGCAGUCAAGGACCUCCUAUACACUACAGAACGGGAUGAUGAAACGAUCACUGCGACCAGAGUCGGAAAACAAGUGCAAGCGCCGAAUGUUGGUGUUGGAAGAGGGGGUAUAGGAGUGCACUAUGGAAACCGAAGGAAUCCGGGUUCAGUAGGGGUACAACCUGGUAAAAAUCCAUUUGUGUACAACUAUGCUGCCUCCAAAGAUCAGCUAAAAGAUGAUCCAAAUGUAGCAUUGUUUUUCUUGGAAAAAGACUUGCAUCAAGGCAAAGAAAUGAACCUACAUUUCACGAAAAACGACCAAAAAUCGAUGUUUUUACCGCGAAAAGUUGUGGAUUCGAUACCCUUUUCAUCAAAGGAUCUUCCACAAAUCUACAACCGUUUUUCGGUUAAACCUGACUCAAUGGAAGGUCAAGACAUGAAGCAAACACUUAACGAAUGUGAGAACAAAGGCAUCGAAGGUGAAGAAAAAUAUUGUGCGACUUCGUUAGAAUCUAUGGUCGAUUUUGUUACUACAAAGUUAGGUAAAAAGGUGAAGGCGAUUUCAACUGAGGUGAAUGCUAAAGAAAGCACUCCGUUACAGAAGUACAAAGUUGAGCUCGCUAAAAAGCGAGGUGGGGAUAAAGUUGUGGUUUGUCAUAAACAAAUCUACCCAUACGCGGUGUUUUAUUGCCAUGAAACCGUUGCUACUCGAGUGUAUGCGGUUUCUGUGGUAGGUGUGGAUGGUAUGAAAGUGAACGUUGUGGCGGUUUGCCACAUUGAUACCGCGAAAUGGAACCCAAAACAUUUGGCGUUUCAAGUGCUUAAAGUGAAACCAGGAAGUGUUCCGGUUUGCCAUUUCUUGCCUGAAGAUCAUGUUGUUUGGGUUCAAUAUUAAUAAUAAUAAUAAUUUGAGCAUAAAAUACAUAUAACACGGUGUGUUAGUAUGUGUGUAUUUACUAUAAUGGUAUUAUAAUUAUUGAACUUUG